CCUGUCGAGCUGUAUUUGUCAACCUGGAUUUUGGCGUGAGCACAAGACAGGGUAGACAGACUAUAUCAUUGGUUUUUUUUUUAAUUUACUGACGUGGACACCAUGAGGACUCUUUGCCUGCUUCUCACAUUAUUUCUGUGUUGCUGCUGGGUCAGAGCGGCUUCUGUCAAAUUGUCCCCGGAGCCAGAUUCAACAAACAAUAAGGAAAGCAAUUCACAUAAUACAACUGAUAAUCAUGGUAGUAAGACAGCAGGACCCACAGGAGAAAUUCCACAAAAUCGUGGGGAUGGAAAUGACAAGGACAAAACCACGGUUAUGAAUGAUAAGAAUGUGCAAAGUGAUGACAAAACAGGAGGCAAACCCCAGGUGGACAAUGCAAGAAACAAACUCCAGGCCGAGAACACAGGAGACAGUGCCCAGGGAGACAAUACAGAACACAAACUUCAUGGUGAGAACACAGGAGUCAAUGCCCAGGGAGACAAAGCAGAAGACAAACCCCAGGUCAAGAACACAGGAGUCAGUGCCCAGGGAGACAAAGCAGAAGACAAACCCCAGGUCAAGAGCACAGGAGUCAGUGCCCAGGGAGACAAAGCAGAAGACAAACUCCAGGCCGAGAACACAGGAGACAGUGCCCAGGGAGACAACACAGCAGUCAGUGCCCAGGGAGACAAAGCAGAAGACAAACUCCAGGACAAGAACACAGGAGUCAGUGCCCAGGGAGACAGAGCAGAAGACAAACUCCAGGACAAGAACACAGGAGACAGUGCCCAGGGAGCCAACACAGGAGUCAGUGCCCAGGGAGACAAAGCAGAAGACAAACUCCAGGACAAGAACACAGGAGACAGUACCCAGGGAGACAACACAGGAGUCAGUGCCCAGGGAGACAAAGCAGAAGACAAACUCCAGGACAAGAACACAGGAGACAGUGCCCAGGGAGACAAAACAGGAGUCAGUGCCCAGGGAAGCAAAGCAGAAGACAAACUCCAGGACAAGAACACAGGAGACAGUGCCCAGGGAGACAAAGCAGAAGACAAACUCCAGGACAAGAACACAAGAGACAGUGCCCAGGUAGACAAAGCGGAAGACAAACUCCAGGACAAGAACACAGGAGACAGUGCCCAGGGAGACAAAGCGGAAGACAAACUCCAGGACAAGAACACAGGAGACAGUGCCCAGGGAGACAAAGCAGAAGACAAACACCAGGUCGAGAACACAGGAGACAGUGCCCAGGGAGACAACACAGGAGACAAACCCCAGGUGGAUAAACCAGGAGACGAUGAAAAUGAAGAAGGGGGCAAUGCCAAAGAGGAUAAACCAAAUGGAGAUAAAGCUGGGAACAAAGAAAUAGUAUGGAAAAGUCAGUAUGAUCCAGCUGGUAUUAAAGAUGAGGCAGAAAGCAGUCAUUUCUUCGCCUACCUUGUCUGCACAGCGGUGCUGGUGGCAGCGCUUUACAUCACUUACCACAACAAGCGCAAGAUAAUUGCCUUUGUUUUAGAAGGAAAGAAAUCAAGAUCCACGCGUCGACCAAAGUCAACAGACUACCAAAAGCUGGAACAGCAUAUGUGAUCUCGUGUCACUAUGGUGAAUCCAUUGCAUCGAGCAGCUGAAUCUCACUGUGGGUGGUGUAGGAGAAAGGCGAGCGGAUAUCGACAUUUGACAUUUUAUUGGCGUACUCUGCGUUGAUCCCACCUUGUGUUGAAUGGACAUUGUCCCAUUUUGUACCUUUUUAGAUGCUUAUUGCAUGACUAUGCAGAUGACACUCUUGCCUUAUUGAGGGAAUUAGUGAAAUGCAGUGAAGGUAAAAUAAGCAUGCUGUUUUUUGCACUUGUGUCAUUAUUUCACUAUUUAGGCAAUCUUGUAAUUUGACCUGAUUUAGGUCCCCUGACUCAGGAUAUUCAGUAGCAGAUGAAAAUAAUAGCUGUUUGGAUUCCAGCUUUGUUUGUACAGUACUGUAGUUAUUGCACUGUGUACCCAAAUAAGCCAUCUGAAUCUUUGUAAAAAUAUUGGCAUUGUAGAAAUUCUUUGAGGAAGUCUUAAAUGUCUAUUAGGUAAAAAUCUGCUAUUGUUGUAUUAUGUAUCAAGAUUCACUUUAAAUGUAUGAAAUUCCUGAUGUUCCUACUCAUAUUCACAACCGUAUGUUGUUGGCCAGAUGAAUGUAAUAGCAAACUUUAUUUUCCUAAUGCGACACUAGCGCAGUGGUCACCCACUCCAGCUAAAAGAGCAGUUUGACAUGAAUGGGAAAUGCACUUAUUUUUUUUCAUGCUGAGAAUUAGAGACUGAACCCGUUACUUCUCUUAUAUCUGUGUGGUAUAACACAUACAGCUGCUGGUUAGAUUAUAUUAGCAUAAAGACAGCUAGCUUGAUUUUCUGAAGGUAACAAAAUCCUCCUCCUACAAGCAUCUCUAAAUCCAACUGACACUGAAACAUAUAAAAACACUAGUUUUUACAGGGGCUUUGUGCUCAACCAUUUCCUGGUUGGGAGCAUUUAUGCUAUGCUAGGCAAAUUGGCUGCUGGCUAAUACCUUCAUAUCAACAGAUUUGAGAGCGGUAUCUAAGAAAGUGUAUUUUGUCUUGACUGUUUCUUUAAAACACAGCUUGAUGAUUAAUGAUGUUUUAUCUGCUGUCAGGGUGUUUGGUACACAUGGAAGUCUGUGCAGUGGGCCUGGCGUUGUUUAAAUGUAACCGUCAGUCUGGUUACUGUCUGAUUACCCAAGAUCUGUGUGGACAGUUAGUCUUUUGGAAACAUCUUUAACGUUUACCACUUGUUGCUUUGUGUCAGAACUCUAAUUUUUCCAGAUGGAACUGACCAACAUUUGCAUUGUUUGAGAAAAUGUAUGGAUGCAUGCGGGGAUAGGUUGACCACUAAUGAAUUCAUUUAAAUCUUCUAAUUAAGAUGUGUGUUUAUGUUCAGGGAUAAUAGACGUGUGCCAAAUUGCGAAUGAUUUCACUGCGAUUUAUUGUUUUGAAUACUUGUGUUGUGCCUGUUUCUUAAAGUAUCACUGUAUUUCUGUGGGGCAGUGGUCAUAAAUUAUGGAAAGUUGUUUCUGUAAAAAUGGGAAACAUAUUGCAGUUGUUUCUCAGGGGAAUCAAAGCUCAUAGGAUAUCUCAGUAAAUGGUUUAUAAUUAAGUCUGCAAAGAAAAGUCAUCAUUUUUAGCCAUGUGGCUGAAAUGAGCAUGUACAAUGUAAUGACCACAUUGCUACAUCUUUAGUAUUUAGGUAUUUAUUUCAGUUUGUGAGGAAUGGCUGUUCAUCAAUACAUCCUGCUGUCUGUGUGAAUCAAGUAUUAAAUGAAAUUAAAUGCUUUUUUGUACUUUCUAGCCUUAAA